AGGGACAAUGAAGGUCUGUAUACGAACCGAAGGAUUCUGCUACGUUCCUACAGUAACUCAUCGGUAAUUCUGGAACGCAGUCACUCUCGCGCCCUAAAUAGUAUCGAUCGUUCAUCCCUGUCCAGAUUCCUGGAUACCGUCAGUGGGAGAUGAAAAUAAGAGCCUGGCGUUUAAAAUUCCAGAAAAAAUGACAAAUAGAAUAGUUUUUCUUGAUGAAGAUAUUUGCCUAAACAGUAUAUUAUGGUGCAUGUGCCUGUUGGGCAAGCAGAUUUUUGGAAAAACAGUAUAAUAAUAAAACUAAGGUCCAAAAAGGGUUUGUUAAAGUUUUGCUAAUGUGAUUUUUUUGCUAAAUAGAGCAAAAUUUCCGCCAAAAUAAUCACGGAGCGUAUCAAAAUGAUGCUGGGCCGCAAGCAAAGCCUUAAGGGCGAACCGGUCCUAGCUGAUUACGGCCCUGAUGAGGCCUUUAACGAAAGUGCUGACAUCGAAUGGGUGAACAAGAGAUGGGUAAGGAGAAUUAUGAGAAGCUGUGCUUUAUUGAGUCUGGCAUCUGUAUGCAGCAACACCCCGAAAACCUUCGAGAUUUUCCCAUAUAUGCAACUCACCACCUUCUCUGUUGAUUCUGCAGUUACAUUUUUGUUCACAUCGGAAAUGAUAGCCAAGAUGCACAUCAGAGGAAUUUUGAAAGGUGACAGACCAUACUUGAAAGACCACUGGUGCCAGUUUGACGCUAGCAUGGUUUUCUUCCUCUGGAUCUCCGUCAUUCUCCAAAUUUUCGAAAUAAUGGGAGUGGUACCCACCUAUUCGUACCUUUCCAUCUUGAGAACACCUCGGCCUUUGAUCAUGAUCCGGUUUUUAAGGGUGUUCCUCAAGUUCUCCAUGCCCAAGUCGCGCAUCAAUCAAAUUUUCAAGAGAUCAAGUCAGCAAAUCUACAAUGUUACUUUGUUUUUCCUGUUCUUUAUGUCCCUGUAUGGACUUCUAGGAGUUCAGUUUUUUGGAGAGUUGAAGAACCAUUGUGUCACUAAUACUACCAAAGAACCAAAAGACGUCACUAUCAAUAACCUGGCAAUCCCCGACACUUUCUGCUCCCUGGACCCCAGGUCUGGAUACCAAUGUCCCGAAGGAAUGAAGUGCAUGAAAAUGGAGGAUGUAUCCAGAUACAUAAUCGGUUUCAACGGUUUCGAUGAAUUUGUUACCAGCUUCUUCACAGUAUACCAGGCGGCUUCGCAAGAAGGCUGGGUCUUCAUAAUGUACAGGGCUAUCGAUUCGUUACCUCCCUGGAUGGCUGUGUCCUAUUUCAGUACUCUGAUCUUUUUCCUGGCUUGGCUAGUGAAGAAUGUGUUCAUAGCGGUCAUCACAGAAACUUUUAAUGAGAUUAGAGUUCAGUUCCAACAAAUGUGGGGUAUUAGAGGGCAUAUCAGUAACAGUUCAGCAUCGCAGAUUUUGAUUGGUGAUGACCGAAGCUGGAAACUAGUGACACUAGACGAUAACAGACAUGGAGGGGCGGCUCCAGAGUUCUGUCAAAAAGUCCUCCAAAGUCCCUACUUCCGCAGUUUGGUCAUGGGAGUCAUUUUGGCCAACGCCAUUGUUACCGCUUCUAUGAGUUUCAAGCAUGACAAGAGACCCAGGCAAGUCUUCUACGAGAAGUACUAUUUCUUGGAACUGGGUUUCACCAUUCUCUUGAAUAUGGAAGUGAUAUUCAAGAUAUGGUGUUUGGGAUGGCGAGGAUACUGGAAACAUUCCAUUCACAAGUUUGAGCUACUCUGUGCCAUUGGAACAACCAUACAUGUUAUUCCAGGUUGUUACAUGACUGGAUUCACAUUCUUCCAAGUCCUUCGUGUGGUACGACUUAUAAAAGCCUCCCCACUCUUGGAAGACUUCGUCUACAAAAUCUUCGGCCCGGGAAAAAAACUAGGAAGCCUCAUCAUCUUCACCAUGUGCUUGCUCAUCAUCUCUUCAAGCGUCUCGAUGCAACUCUUCUGCUUCCUGGACUUCACCAAAUUCGAAACAUUCGCCGAAGCGUUCAUGUCCAUGUUCCAGAUCCUCACCCAGGAGGCUUGGGUUGAGGUUAUGGACGAAACCAUGUAUCGUACUCCAUCGAUGAUAGCCCCCUUGGUGGCGUUCUACUUCAUAAUGUACCACCUUUUCGUCACGUUGAUCGUGUUGAGCUUGUUCGUAGCUGUCAUUCUGGAUAAUUUGGAACUGGAUGAGGAUAUUAAGAAACUCAAACAGCUGAAGUACAGAGAACAAAGUGCAGAAAUCAAGGAGACCUUGCCUUUCAGGCUGAGAAUUUUCGAGAAGUUCCCUGAUAGUCCUUUGAUGGUUACUCUACAUAGGAUCCCUUCAGAUUUCAAUCUUCCCAAGGUUCGAGAGAGUUUUAUGCGUCAGUUCGUCUACGAGACUGAAGUGGAAGAUAAUUCUGAAAAUGGCAAGAAGAAACAUUCGACGGAAGAGAUAUUCGAUUCCAAAAUAGUAUACAGAAAACAAAGACCGUUGCAGAUCCUAAAUAAGCUACCCAAAGUGCGCAGCGUCAAUAUUAAGCUCAAGGAAACCACCGUUUCGCAUAUAAUAUGCGACUCGAAUAACCAACGCAGGAUGCUGGGCGAUUCCUCCAUCAUCCCUGUACCAGGAAGCAAAGGGCCUCUAAAAUCCCAGGGCACUGUGAACAGCGUCAAACAGUUACGUAUAGAUCACAAGAAAUUUGGUUCCAGGUCAAUUCGGCGAUCUGUGAGGUCGGGAUCGAUCAAGCUCAAGCAAACCUACGAGCACUUGAUGGAGAAUGGUGAUAUUGGAGUUAACAGAGUGACGUCUAAUAGAGCUAGGCCUCAUGAUUUGGACAUCAAGCUGUUGCAGGCCAAAAGACAGCAAGCUGAAAUGAGAAGAAACCAACGUGAAGAAGAUUUAAGAGAAAACCACCCUUUCUUCGACACACCCUUAUUUGCUGUUCCUAGAGAAAGUAGAUUUAGGAAAUUCUGCCAACUGAUCGUCUACGCUAGAUACGAUGCCCGACUCAAGGACCCCCUCACAGGAAAAGAACGAAAAGUCAAGUAUAAAACUCUUCACAACUUCCUAGGCUUGGUAACGUACCUUGACUGGGUGAUGAUAGCCAUGACUACUCUCUCCUGUCUCUCCAUGAUGUUCGAGACUCCAUUCUACCGCGUCAUGGAGAGCCCGAGCCUCCAAGUGGCUGAAUACGGCUUCGUAAUCUUCAUGAGCAUCGAACUAGCUUUAAAAAUCCUAGCCGAUGGCUUGUUCUUCACUCCCAAAGCUUACGUCAAAGACGUGGCUGCACUUUUGGAUGUUUUCAUCUAUAUUGUAAGCCUAACGUUCCUCUGCUGGAUGCCCAGAAGGGUCCCACCCAACUCUGGAGCUCAACUUUUGAUGAUCCUGAGAUGCCUCAGGCCUUUAAGAAUUUUUACUUUGGUACCGCACAUGAGCAAAGUAGUUUAUGAGCUGUGCAGAGGAUUUAAAGAGAUCCUCUUGGUAUCUACGCUCUUGAUUUUGCUGAUUUUUAUUUUUGCUAGCUACGGUGUUCAGUUAUAUGGAGGAAGGUUGGCUAGAUGCAAUGACCCGAACAUUACAAGACGGGAAGAUUGUCACGGUAUAUUCUGGAGAAGGGUCUUCGUGACCAAAAUGAAGAUUCAGCCAGGGGAAAACGAAACUUAUCCCCAGAUUUUGGUGCCUAGGGUUUGGGCCAAUCCUAGGAGGUUUAAUUUUGACAACAUCGGUGACGCUAUGUUGACACUGUUUGAAGUUCUGUCGUUCAAAGGCUGGUUAGAUGUCAGGGAUAUACUCAUCAAGUCGCUAGGUCCAGUCCAUGCAAUCUACAUCCACAUCUACAUAUUUCUGGGUUGCAUGAUAGGUCUGACCCUCUUCGUUGGCGUGGUCAUAGCCAACUACUCCGAAAACAAAGGUACAGCCUUGUUGACAGUUGACCAAAGGCGUUGGUGCGACUUGAAGAAGAGACUGAAGAUCGCCCAACCGUUACAUUUACCUCCCAGGCCGGACGGCAAGAAAUUCAGAGCUUUUAUCUACGACAUCACGCAGAAUUUGAAGUUUAAAAGGAGCAUAGCCAUUUUGGUUUUGAUCAAUUCUGCUCUGCUGAGCGUUACGUGGGAAAAAGACGAUCCAGCUACGGAUUCAUUGGUUACCGUUUCCAUAAUUUGUACGUUGAUAUUUCUGGUGGAAGUUGUGAUGAAAAACAUAGCUUUCACACCAAGAGGAUACUUACAGUCCAGGAGGAACAGAUAUGAUCUCUUUGUAACUGUUGUGGGUGUUAUAUGGAUGUUUUUUCACAUCAUGUUCAAGAAUGAUUUGACGUAUUUCAUCGGAUUCAUGGUGGUGGUUCUACGGUUUUUUACCAUAACUGGAAAGCACGCAACCUUAAAGAUGCUCAUGCUCACUGUGGGAGUAUCGGUAUGCAAAAGUUUCUUCAUUAUCUUCGGAAUGUUCCUUUUAGUUUUCUUCUACGCACUGGCCGGUACCAUUCUGUUUGGUACCGUGAAGUACGGUGAAGGUAUUGGAAGGCGUGCGAAUUUCCAAUCCCCAGUCACUGGAGUGGCCAUGUUGUUCAGGAUCGUCACUGGUGAAGACUGGAACAAAAUUAUGCACGACUGUAUGAUCCAACCGCCAUAUUGCACUCCUGCAUCCAACUAUUGGGAGACAGACUGUGGAAACUUCAUAGGAUCCUUAAUAUACUUCUGCACCUUCUAUGUCAUCAUUACUUACAUUGUUCUAAACCUUUUAGUGGCUAUUAUCAUGGAGAACUUUUCCUUGUUCUACUCCAACGAGGAAGACGCUUUACUAUCCUACGCGGACAUCAGGAACUUCCAGAACACCUGGAACAUCGUGGACAUUCACCAACGAGGUGUCAUUCCAGUAAAACGCGUUAAAUUUAUACUGAGACUCCUCAAAGGCCGACUUGAAGUGGACCCUCAAAAAGACAGGCUGCUCUUCAAGCACAUGUGCUACGAACUGGAUAAACUACACAACGGCGAAGAUGUAACCUUCCAUGACGUCAUUAAUAUGUUGUCGUACAGGAGUGUGGAUAUCAGGAAAGCCCUUCAACUUGAAGAGCUGCUUGCCAGGGAGGAAUUUGAGUAUAUUAUUGAGGAGGAGGUGGCUAAACAAACUAUACGAACCUGGAUGGAAGCAUGCUUGAAAAAAAAGAAAGCUAAUAGAAAAGAAAAAGAAAAUAGUCUUAUGGCAGGUCUGAUGGCAACGAACGAAGCAAUUCCUUUCAUAGCGGACACGCGGGAAGAACCAAAAAACACCAAUAUAACCACAGAAAAUGAUCAGGAGCACAAAAACGAGUCUAAAGAGAAUGAAGCACCGCCUAAAAAGCAAAAAAUCGUGAACUUACCCAGAUCGGAUAGCAUAGGAAGUAGUUCAGGUCGAAAAUAUUUAGCUCCAACACUGUCCGAUCCUUCGUCAAGACAAGAGAAAGAAAGAGUUCCAGCAGCUAAGAAGAAAAAUAAUACUACAAGACCUAAUAAUCCGCCUGUGAACAAGAACCUGACUCACUUGAACGAUAAUGAAGCCAAUAAAAUGCCUGCCCGUGAGAUUCAAAACAACAAAACUUCAGUUCCAAAACUGACUAACGCUAUGCAAGAAAUCAAGGAAUGGUGGAACGAUCAGUUGGCUUACCAGUCUUCUAGCGAAGAAGAAUAAAUUUAAAUGAAGAAAAAGAAAUAUAACUUAUUGAUGUUUAGGUUUAGGUGAUAGAAAAAUGACUGAUUUUUUGUUUGAAUUGUUGCCUA